AUGGCUGGGCCUGAUCCAUUGAGAGGAGAGAAAGGUGUGAUGGAAACGAAGGGCGCACAAGAGGAGACGCUCAGCUCACCUCAGCAGCGCUCAAGAACCCUCAAGAGGCUACGGAGAGGGCCGCAGGCAGGCGGCAGUGAUGGCUGCACGGGAAGUGGAGGCGGCAGGGGUGGCGGCAACAGGGGCAGUGAUGGUGGGGGUAGGGGCGGUAGCAAAGCAAGUGGCACGGAGAGGAGUGGCGGUGGUGGGGAGGACAGCCGAGGGGCCAAGGGAGGAAGGCGCAGGAGUGCUGUGGGUGCGAGCAGCAGCAGUACUAUUGGUGGAAGGGGCGGGAGAGGGAGAAGCAAGGCGAUGGCUCGAAGGGUGCUGGACUUCAUUGAUGAAGAGGCUGAGGAGUCGGACCGUGAUGCCACACAGGAAGGCCAAGAGGAUGCUGACGUGGCAUGGGUGGAUGAUGACAUGGCGGAUUUCAUCGUCAGCAGGGUGGAGGGAGAGGGGAGCGGGGAUUUAGGAGAGGAAGAGGAGGAGGAGGAGGAUGAGGGGGAGGAGGAGGGAGAGGAAGAUGAGAGGGAAGAGAGUGGGGAGGAAGAUGAUGAAAUCGAGGAAGUGGAGGAUGACGACGAGGAGGAGAGAUAG